AUGGAUGCGGUGAGAGUCCUUAGUGGCUCAAGAACCAGCUUGGACGGCCCAAAACACAGUCUCGAGCAAGUUUUAGAAUCGAGAUUGGCGCGUCUCAACGAGUUUGAUAUUCCGGAGAUUGCAAACCACAUUACUCUGCCUGGAAAGCCUAACGAGCUGCGACACCUCACAGGCUCAACAGAAUUCAGACUACUGCAAGAAAUCGACAAGAUUCUGUGUGAGGAUCCAAACUAUGAAGUCAGCAUGAACGACCAGGCAGCACUCCGUGCGGCCGUCUCGGUCGCAGUUCGUUGGAAAAUCGACACAGAUACAAAUAAUUUCAAUGCUGCAACUUCCCAGGCCCGCAAUGCUGCUCUACAGCAACUGACUGCGACGGUCAACGAACUUCUUAAAAUCAUAUUCCCCGAACCCGCAACCACUAAUAGGGUGGCUCCCACCAGGGUCGUAGAGGAAGGGUCUCAAAUAAGGGCUGCGACUUUGCGGAUCCUAUCAAGUUUCUCCUUGAGCGAAAGCAUCCAUAUGCUGGGUGUUGUCUUGAACAUUCCUCACUUGCCCGUGACUGCGAGGAAUGCCAUUCGUUACCUCCUCACUCGUCGAAUACUGCCACAGAAUGGAGUCAAGGCACUUUUAUCGGGCCUGCUGGGUCAAGAGUCGCACAGUGGUGAACUUCUGGAGCGCUACGAGAAGAUUGCCAAACUUUUAUGCACGCCUCCACGAGGAUUGGACAAAAAAGAGUAUUUCUUCGCAAUCAUCCCACAGCUUCUUGGGCUCCUGGAAGCUGAAACCGCGUCUCCGGUCUUCCAGAGAGCGUGCGCAUACACUCUCAGCCGAUUGACCAAUAUCUCAAGCUCUGACCCUGUCGUCCUAUCCACCAUCAGCGCUACACUCUACUCGAGUUUUAGCGAGGAUAGCUCGUCACCUUCAUUUCCCCCACUACAAACCCUGGUCAUCGUUUCCAACUUGGUGGCCAUGGCUCCUCCUUCUCCAGAUGCUCCUCUGACCACGAAGGUCCUUAUGCCAAUCAUCGAAAAGCUCUACUCGCUCCUUUAUUUCCUCGACAAGCGAUUGACGUCGGAUCCUGCUGAAACCGCACUUUGUCGAAGCCUGGUCCAGAGUUGGAUGAAGAUCUCUACUGAGACCGAAGUUAGCCAAAAGCUAUGGUCAAUCGUGCUCGGCAAUGGAGGACGAUGGAUAGUCGCUGGUGAGAACCUGACAUUGCAGUGGCAACGAGAAUUCGAGACACCGUUACCCUUGUUGAACCAAUUGGCGAAUUUGGACCUUGAUGCCAUGGACGAAAACUCGCUUAAUCUGGUGCCGGACCCAAUUCAUCUAGUCGAGCUCAUACACUCUGUCAAUCGCCAGGGGAUUGUUUCUCAGCUUUUCACUCGAAUACUCUCGGCUGAGCUCGAAGAAGUUGACCAAGAUGAGCCAACGAGGAAACUGCUCCGAAUGCAGAUUCUCUAUCAACUCCAGAAGCGGAUGCCUUCCUCGCUCUUUGGAGAUCCAACUCAAGCCCUCGCAUUUGUCGAUCACGCUAUCGCUCUAUCUAGACGUAAAACUGAAUCCGAGGAUAAUCACCAAGAGCCCUUGCGCAUUGUCUCGGAUGCAAACGAGGAGGAUGAGGGCAAAUACUCCACACAGCAAUCGAGUAUCUACUUGCCUCCACACCCAAAGUACACCAUUCCCGACACCAAUCCUCAUGUUUCGCGACUUACAGAAUAUUUGAAGGCCCUCAGUUUUCACUCUUCACAGAACCUUAGACAAGUGGCGAGGGAGGCCUCUCUUGUUCUGAUGGCAAAGCGCGCGAGUGCUAGUUCGUCUACUCGCGAGCAAUCAACCGAAAGCACGUCUGAGAAAGAAAGUCAAAAGAUGUAUCAAGAAGCACUUGCCAUGCUUCAAGAUCCACUCCUGCCUGUUCGUGCACAAGGACUCGCGACGCUUCGUCGUCUCAUCGAAGGUUUGGCACGGCAUGGCACUCGCUCAAGCGAGCCCUCUAACGAAGACAGCUUCAUCUUCCUCAAUGCGGUACAGGGUCUCAUCGCCAUGGCACAACAGUAUGGAAGGGACGUAUUCAAACGCCUAAUUGCUAUCUAUGGAAUCGAACGGCAUACAAUAGGAAUCAUGACGCGGCAAGAGCUGGAUGUCAAACUCCGCGUUGGUGAAGCACUCGCGGAGGUUGUGGGCAAGACGGGGGAAUCAAUGGGUGGAUAUGCCGACCUCCUCCUUCCCGUUAUUCUGGCGAUGCUACGAGACAGGGACCUUCCUGUCACCUUGCGCGUCUCUGCAAUUUCGAUCGCAUCCAAGGCAGAGGCGGUGGCGCCAUUCGCGAUUCAUCAAUACGAGGCAGAAUUGACGGGCGCGAUGCUCGACAUCCUCGAGCUGGAGCAUAUUCGAAGAACCGAGGCUAUCUCCCAAAGACAAAAGGAAAACCCCGGGAUUGAAGAGAGUGGGCCAACUGUCAGCACUCUGAAAAAGGAUAAUAUGACAGGGGCCAGGUCAAUUCUGGACGAAGAGGCGCUCAAUGGGGAAGAAGCAACAAAAGGCGUAGACAAUCGGCAAUUGUACCAACCUCAACGAGCAGAGCUUGGUGACAUCGAAAUGGAUACCAAUCCGACGGGGGCUAACGCCAAAAUGGCUCCGCUGCGCCGCUCUGCCAUUCAUUUCCUACGAACGGUCUUACAGCGACACCUUCAGACGGUGGUCGAUCAGGGUAAGCGAGUAUACACCGGCGGUGGAGGCGGGUUACGGGAAUUUCCUGUUCGGAGGGCGAGCGCGAUCCUGGGCUAUCUGAGCCUACACGAUGCGGAUGGGAUGGUCAACGUGAUGGCCUCGGAGGCUGUAGAUCUCAUCUCAGAGAUUGGCAAGGCGCGACUCUUCGGUGGCUACUGA